ACCGCUGCGAGACAACACAAAGGCAUCAUCAUCAUCAUAUCCCACGGCUCAUAAUACACUAACAAGUACUAGCCACGCCUUCCCCGAGAUAGAACCAGUCCACAAACAAAACCCAGCCUUUCCCCCUCGUGUCCCCAGGUUCAACCAACACCAACAAAAAACAAAAAACAAAAAAAACAAUGUCAUCAUCCUCCUCAUCAACCCCACCAAUCCUCUCCUCCUCCUCCCCGCAAGACGUCUCCGCAACGUGCGCCGCCCACGGCCUAACCGAGCCGGAAUUCCACGCCCUGCGCGAGCAGGCCACGGCCGCCAAAGCGCGCGCCUACUGUCCCUACAGCGGCUUCCGCGUCGGCGCGGUGCUCCUGACCCGCAAGGGCGACUACGUCCCGGGGGCCAACGUCGAGAACGCGAGCUACCCGGUCACGACGUGCGCCGAGCGGGUGGCGUUUGGGCGCGCCGUGGUCGACGGGCACCACGCCGUCGGCUUCAAGGCGGUCGCGGUGGCGACGGAUUCGGAUCCGGCGGCGGGGCCGGCUAGUCCCUGUGGGAUGUGUCGGCAGUGUAUCCGCGAGUUCUGUGACGUGAAGGUCCCGAUCAUCAUGUUUGACAAGGACAGCAACUUUGCCGUCAUGCGGCUUGAAGAGCUCCUCCCCUUGUCCUUUGGCCCCUCGGCACUGGGAGUCGCCGAACCUUCCAAGUCGUAGUAGCAUGAGCUUUUGUUUUGAUUCGCAUCGGAUGUUCGACAAGCGCGCGGUCAUGAUUUCAGGCGAGUUGGCGUUGGUGUUGGGCUGAGGUGGAUGCAUUCUAGAUUGUGCGGUUGGGUCUGCAGAGUAGAGAUGACGAGCAAUCCGGAACGGAUAAGGGGCCGUAGUAGGGACCUGGUGUAUGAGGUGGGCAUGCGAAAUACAACCCGGUUUCACCAACUCGCCCUGAGCAUAUUCCUAUCCAUAACAGGAGCUGUAGCUGGCGAUGUCACAUGCGUCACGAGGAGCACUUGCCGCAUGUGAUAUAGGGACGUCCUC